UUCCUCUCCGAACUGAGUCAUCAUUCUCUUUAACAUUGUAGAUGAGCAAUAUGGCUUCAAAUGAUGAUACAUUGGCUAGUAAAGGAAAUACCUCAGUUAAAGCAGAAGAUGAUGGCAUUGUUUAUGUCAAAAUUUCAAUCAGAGGUUUGGAUGGAAGAGAGUUGUUCUUCAAAGUGAACCAAGACACAUUUUUAGAAAGAGCAUUCAGGAAAUACUGUGAAGUGAUGGAGUUGGAAUAUGAUACCAUGCACUUUAUGCUUGAUGAUGGUGAGAGGAUUAGAGGGGAACGUCAAACACCAAAAAUGUUGAAUAUCGAAAAUGGUACGGAGAUUGUUGCUGCAAAACCUCAAACAGGAGGUGGGAGUUCAACUCUGUAAAUUAAUUGCAAUUAAAUUGUUUUGUAUGGAGUUUCAUUGUUAUUAUUAUAUAUUGAC